CUUCUUCUCGAUAGCUUCCCGCUUGCUUCGUCCUUCGGAUCCAGGGAUUCUGGAGAUCCUACCACAGGAGGCACCUAAUAAGUGCCCGAAGAGUUAACAAAUUGUGGCACAAGUAUUUCCUAAGCGACAGUGCGCUGUGUCUGACAGGUAGUGCGCGGCUACCUACCCUGGACCUACGCUCACCUGCCUUUAACUCAGUAAGCUUCUCUUGAAGUUUAAGUAUGUUUUAUUAUCGGCAGCUUCAGUCAAAAUGACAACAAGUAACCCAAGGAUAUCGGUAUCUCGAGCAAUGCGGAUGGAGUUGGCCCUUGCGCUCGUGGCCUUCGUCGCUCUCCUGGGCCAUGGAGCUCAGGCGCAGUCGAGUUCUACUUUUCCAUACAGUUCUUGCACUCAGAGCCCUUCCGCGUACAGCUUGCUUCCGGUUGCCCGUUCGCUUGGCAAUGGCCAGUACUGCUUCACGCUCAACGCCAAGCCUCCCACCGGCUGUAAUACCUACUGCUGCACUCGCGCGGAUGUAGUAAAGAUGCAGCUCAACGUCAACGCCGCUUGCGAUGUCGACGAUGCCAACGUCACCGUCACCGUCUCCGGUGUCCCCGUCAAGCAGCAGCCCGAGGCCGAGUUCAAGGAGCCCAAGAGCGGUCGCUUCGUCCUCGCCAUCUCCGAGCUCAGCCUCAACCGCGGCAGCAGCGGCGCCGACAUCUGCAUCUCCCUCAAGCCCAACAAGAAGGGCAAGGGCUGCACCACCCUUCAGCAGCUCUGCGUCCCUCCCGCCGGCAUGCCCUCCGGCGUCUGCUCCGCCGCCCUGCUCGACUCAAACAAGGCCUGCUGCCCCAUCUCCACCGUUGCCCCUCCGCCUCCCUCUCCCAGCCCACCACCUCCCAGCCCACCACCUCCCACCAUGCCCCUGCCACCUCCUCCCAGCCCGCCGCCCCCGGCUCCUCCCCCGCCCGGCUUCCCUCCCCCGCCCGUGUACCCCGGCUCCACCUGCACCGCCUGCGUCUUCCUCAACCUGAACGCCGUCGCGCCUGGAAACGGCAACAGCAACACGCGCUUCCUGCCCGCCCAGUGCGGCCUCUACGCCAUGCGUAUCAUCGCCGACAUCAACGCCGCAGGUGCGGCGCUGGCUGAGCCCUUCUCCCUGUCUGGGUGCUCCGACAACCUUUUGAAGGUCUGCGGCGCCUUCACCUCCGCUGACGAGGCCGCCAAGCUGAAGACUGCGAGCCUUGUGCAGCAGUGGGUGAAGCUGGUGCGGGGCCCGGCGCCCGUGUGCCCAGGUUACCUAAAGGGGUUCACCGUGUCGGCUUACCUGGGUGGCCAGGGCAGCUGCCUGAGCGCCUCGGAUGCGGCGUCCUGCUAAGAGGUUGCUGAGGGGGUGCUUUGCUUUUUGCAGCAUGCGUAGGGUUGCAUGGGUAGGAAGAAGUGACGAAGGAUGGUAGAAGUAGGUUGAUGUGGAUGCUGGGACUGGGACUGGAUGGUGGUGUUGGCGGUUGAAGAGUUGAAGGGAGGAUUGGUUGUAUAGUUGGUAGUCUUUGGCGUACAGAGCUAGAAGAAUGUGGAGAGGAGGAGAAAUGGUCGCUGGGUGCCCUGCUGUUGUCACAUUGCACCGGGACAGCACCCUUUUGGUGGUAGUUUCGUGAUGUUAGGCAUCAUCGUCAUCGUCAACACGUAAUUCUUUUGCGUUCGUAGCUCAUGGUACCUAUUCCUCGUGGGCUUUAGGAAGUCUGUUGUGGUCCUGCAUAAAGUGUGAUGUUCAGCAGGUGACCUCCCGUCGCAAGGGGCAGGCACGUACGGAAGCCCUCAGGCCGGUUUCAAGAUCCUGCUGAAGUCGUGAUUUAUUGCUGCGUCGCGUGCUUUGUUCCUGGAACGCUAGUAGGUUGCAAACACCCUAUGCGUGCUGCUGCUGCUAUUUAUGCGCACGAUUUGCUGGUCUUCUAACGAGCUAUGCGGGGGCAGUUGUAGCUAGACCUGGGGUGUGAUUCAUAACUAUCUGAGUAGUGCCAUUAGCGUGUGAGAGCCGGUGGUACGCACCCAUGUGGGUUGUGCGAGAGGACCACAUACAAUGGGCAGGAUGUGCAUAGCCUAUGGGGUUCCCGCCAGGUGCUUUCACUUAACAUAUAGCUGCGCUUACCUUGAAUAAGGUGAAAUGCUAGAGUUUACCUAGUAUGUAAGUGAAGACGUGCGUGCCGACGCGUGUGGCUAGGAGUCGACCCGGCUAUCAAACGCGGGAAUCCUUACGGCCGCAUCAUGGCCCUGCCGUCUUCAUGACGUGAAUUGUAAGUGUUAACUUAGAGCCCUCGUCCAGUCCUUCGUCAACCGAAACGUACUUGCCAACGGUCGACAUUCGUACUGUACCCAUCUUAGCUUUCAACGCUCUGCAUUAUCUAUGCAAGCGAACGAAGCAACACGAAAUGGUCGCGCAUCCCUAACUUGAUGCUUGCAUAGGUCACAAAACUCAACAUUGCCAAGUUAAGUGGAAGAUACUUCAUAAGCUAGCAAGUGGCAGCCUUACAAGUAAUUACAUAUAAGGGUGAAGUAACGUGUAAUACAUGGCUCUCUUAUACUUUCCGCCCAAUAACGGUUGGGCUCGGCAAGCUGCGACCACAAUUGCGACGCCGCCGGACCUCCGAAGUAUCCCGCUGUAUCCGCUGCGCAUACAAAAAUGUCGGACAACUAGCCUGACAAUUGAGCCGAAUUGCGUCCGCGACGCCAGCCUGUCCCAUAGGCACCAUCCUCAGUACAUCCGUUGCAAUGCAGCUACCAGCCUUAGCGAAGUGCCCAGACAUGACGCACACAAUGCUGUUGGAGCAAGCGCCGACCCGGUGGCUGCGUGCCUAAAGGAGUGGGUUGUAAAGCACAGCGGCCCUCUACCCACUGAGGCCUGCCCUGUACGCACCGCAAGGGGCUCGUACGUCCUGGUUUCGGAGCAGCCCGUUCUCCGCGGUCAAACGCUCGUCCUAGUGCCACGUCAGCUCUUCCUAACGCCGUACACAGCGGCAGCCAGCCCCGUGUACGGCCACAUCGUACGACAGGCCGGUUUGGACGAGUGGCGUGCCAUGCUGCUGCAGCUGCUCUGCGAGAGGGCUUUGGGCGCUGACAGUUUUUGGGCCCCAUACCUGGCUAGCCUACCCGAGGACAUG